GCCCGGAUGACAACAAAAAGUUUGAAAUGAAGAAAAAUUUCACUAAAGAAUUAUAGAAUUUAAACAAUUUUCUGAACUUUUGACAAACUAUUCACAUUAACCAUGGCUGCUAGGGAUCUGUCCAAGACGUUCGAUGAAUUCGAAUCGGACGAAUUAAGCCUCGAAACGUCCGUCCCAACAGAUUUGACAUUGUCCCCUGAGCGAGAAACUGAUAGAUUCGCUGGCGAUAGAAAAGAUAGACGCACGAAAAUAACGAGACAGCUCAUAGAAAGAAAACAAUUAAUGCAUGAUAUGCAGCUUUUGCGCAUCGAGUUGUCACAGAAAAAUUUAACUCUGGAAAAUGUGAAGGCGGAAUCACUGCAGAGGGUGGAAGAACUUGAAGAAAGGUUGAAUGAUGCACUUCAUCAAAAACAAAUUUUAACGGCUCGUCUUGAGUCACAGCUUACCAUCCAAGAACAAGAAUCAAAAAGACGACAGAACUUAGUUAAAGAAGAGCUAGAAGACGUUCGUCGAAAACAGCAACAGCUUGAAGGAACAAAUGAAAAACUCCAGGAAAGGGCGGGGAAUGUUAGGAGAAGUUUGAGAGACCUCACACUUUCAGAAGAUAGAUAUUAUGAACUCAGAGGUCAAAGUGAAGAAGACUUGUCACUAAGAGACUAUGUAGCGAUGAAGUUUUAUGAGGCAGUAAGACCAGUACAAACAGAAUGUGAUGAACUCAGACUAAGAACAAGCACUUUAGAGGCUGAUGCUCGAUCAUCAUCAAAACAGAUUUCUGAACUACAAUCAAAAUUAGACCAAGAGAGAGACGAGCACGGGGAUAUCAGAGUGAAGUACCAGAAACUGGUGAUGGACCUAUCAGAAACAAAAUCUCAAGUCAAACAGGAGGACUAUAAAGUUAAUAACUAUGAUCACCUUAAACAUGAGCGUGAUCAUUUAGAACAUGAUCGUUUAGAAUCACAGAGACAGCUAACAGUCCUGGAUGGAGCACAUCAUACUUUACAGAAAGAAAGAGAUGAAUUGCAUAGUGAUUUCACAGCUGCCAAGCAAUCACUAUCCUUACUCAAACAAGACAAAGAUUAUCUGACCAAGCAGGUUUCUGAUUUGACAAAUAGAUGUACAUAUGCAGAGGAGAAGCUUCAACAAAUUAAUGCUCAGCUAGAUGAUGCAAAACGUUCUAGAGAGGAGAUGUAUGAAAAAUAUGUCAGUUCAAGGGAUCAGUUCAAGACGGAAUAUGAAAACAAAUUAAAGGAAGAAUUGGAACAGAUAAGGACAAAGACAAAUUCUGAGAUUGACAGACUUAGAACGAGUACCAGGGAGAUGUACGAAAGAGAAAACAGAAAUUUACGUGAAGCUAGAGAUAUGUCUAUAUCAGAAAAAGACAGGGCACAGAAUACCGAGAGGGAAACUUCUACAAAAUAUGAGCAGCUUAUGACACAAUAUCGUGAGUUACAGAUGAAUGGUGACAAUAAGGUUGUAGAACUACAGAAUGAUUUGAAAUUAAAAGGAUUUGAGGUUGAACGAACUCAGAUGGUUCACGAGGAAACUGUACGAAAUCUUAAAGAGGCACAGCUAGAAAUUGAAAAACAUCAGAAAAAGAUUGAGGUUCUAACCAAAGAAUAUUACGCUUUACAAACUUCAAUGGAGAUGAAAGUCGUAGAACUAGAAUCUCAUAUUUCUGAUAAAAAGGCAAAGUUAGAAACUUAUGAGAAAGUGGAGAAAGAACUGGACGAUAUUGUUAUGCAAGCUGCUGAAGUUGAUGAUGAAACAGAAGCAGAAAAGGUCCUGUUCUCUUAUGGUUAUGGUGCUAAUAUUCCCAGUACAUCAAAACGUAGACUUCAACAAAGUGUACAUUUAGCAAGAAGAGUUUUACAGUUAGAAAAAAUCAAUUCCAACCAGAAAAAAGAAAUUGAUGUAGAAAAACUAAAACUAAAACAGCUUGCUGAAGAGUUAAAGAAUAGUAACUCUAUACUAGACCAGGCUCAGCAACCAUACAACUACUUGAUAGAGAGUAUACGUCAGAGAGACAAUCAGAUAAUGAAACAGAAAGACUAUACAGCAACCCUAGAGAAUGAUGUCAAGAAGUUUACAAAAGAAAAGGAAGAUUUGAUUAGGACAAAGAAUCAAAUGUCUUUAGAUUUAGAAAGAUUACUGAACCAAAGAGAGGAAAUGUCAGUUAUGAAGCAGGUGGUGAUGAAUUUAUCAACACGUAAAUAUGGAGAAAAAAAGACCCAGUCAAGAGAUCUGGCUAGACCUAAAAGUCCUAAAAGUUUGGCAAUUCAUUUGCCUUCUCAUGACUUUGAAACAUAUGAUGAACCAAAUAUAGUCAAACCUGGAUCUAUAUCUCUUACAAAAGAUAAUCCUCAGUGGGCUGGCAAGUUAAAGAAGAAAAAUACAGCACAGAAUACAAAAUUUACAAAAGUAUAUGCAACAGCGACAUCUUGAUAGACUGGUUCCUAAACUGUGGAAAUUGUAAAUCUACUUUUAGCCUUGACAGUUGAGAUGGAAAUCUGUGAUAUUCUGGAUUGCAUUUUACAGACAGUUUUUAAAGAACAUUUUAAAAGUUAGCCAUUGUUUAAGACAGCAAAAUCAAAGAUAGACAUCUUUAUUUGGUGUUUAAAAUAGUUAAAAUAACCCAUGCCAGUUAAUCAUUUUACUGUUAUAUUUGACAUGCUUCUUCAAGGGCUUUGUUAAAUAUUUUUCACUUUAAUAAAUCUUUUUUCAGUAUCUCUCCCAAUAUAAAUUGGUGUAAUUGGGAUAGUUGUUAGAUUUCGCAUGAAAUUUUCAAUGCAUAGCUAUUUAUUGUGAUUUUUUUUUUUAGUCAAUCAAAGCAAAGUUUUAACAAAUGCAUCUUCCAAUGAGAUGUAUAGCUAAUUUAUCAACUGUUUAAUAAUAUCUACACAUGUUGGCCCAGUAGUAAGAAAUAAGAUUAUGUUAAUUUUGUAAUAAGUCAUGAAUGAGAACAGAUUGUCCCAUAUUAUUCCCAGUAUUGGUUGUUUCUCACUGUUUAAGGACAUACAGUAACCUUUUGAAGUUCACAACUUUAACCAGUCAUUUUUAUGCCCCCGCCGUAGUGGUGAGGGCAUUAAGUUUUACCCUUGUCCGUCUGUACGUACGUACGUACGUCCCAAAAUUGGUUUCCGUUCUCUAACUUGAGUUUGCCUCAACCAAAUGUUAUGAAACUUAUACACAAUGUUUAUUACCACACAACACAGAUCAAGUUUGAAUUUUGGUGUUGUCAAUGUAACUGUUCUAGAGUUAUGCCCCUUUAUAAAUGGAAAAAUUGCAAAAUUUUUAGUUUUUGUUCUCUAACUUAAGUUUGCCUCAACCAAAUGUUAUGAAACUUUUACAUAAUGCUUAUUACCACAAAACACAGAUCAAAUUUGAAUUUUGGUGGCGUCACUGUAACCGUUCUAGAGUUAUGCUCCUUUAUAAAUGGAAAAAUUGUAAAAUUUUUAUUUUCUUCUAAAUAUCAAGUCAUUUUUAAAAUUGGAGUUAUCUUCCUUUGUCCAUGAUUAUAGUUGAAUCAACUACAAUCAAUGCUUUAUACAAUGCAAUGUUUAAUUUUGACUUCCACUGAUAAAACACAGAUCAAGUUGAAUUUGGGUAGUGUCACUUUAACCAUUAUUGAGUUAUGCUCCUUUAUAAAUCGAAAGAUUGCAAAAUUUUUAGUUUCCAUUCUGUAACUUAAGUUUGCCCAAACCAAAUAUUAUGAAACCUAUACACAAUAUUCAUUACCACAAAAUUAAAAUCAAGUACAAAUUUUUUGUUUCUGUUUUCUAACUUUAGUUUGACUCAACCAAAUGUUAUGAGACUUACAUACAAUGCUUAUUACUACAUAAUACAGAUUAUGUAUGAAAUUUGGUGGCGACACUUUUACCAUUCUUGAGUUAUGUCCCUUUAUAAACAUAAAAAUUGCUGAAUUUUUAGUUUCUGUUCUCUACUUAAGUUAGCCUCAACAAAAUGUUAUGAGACAUACACACAGUGCUUAUUACCACAAAACUCAGAUCAAGUUCAAAUUUUGGGAGCGUCACUUUUACCGUUCUUUAGUUAUGUUCCUUUGUAACUAUAUGAUAUGCAAGCGGGGGCAUCAUCUGUGUCCACAUGUGGACACUAUCCACAUUUAUCUUGGUUUUAUGUUGGUGAUCUUUGGUAGGUGGUUUUGUGUAAUUUUGACCAACUAAGUUACAUAUCGUCUGUCCUUUUGAGUCUAUCCUAGGGCUAAAAGAUAUCAUUUCUUUUUUAUAUUUUGUAAUUCAUCAUGCAUUUUAAAUGGUCCUGAAUAGUUUGAUAAGACCUUUUAAACCAUGCAUUUAUUUGCAGCAUGUGAUUUGACUCCAAACUUAUAUGGAAUAUUAUACUGAGAGUUUUUGAUAAAUCAAUAGUCACUGAUUCUAACACUUUACCCCAUGAAUUAUAAUAUUUGUCCACUGUUCAUGAUUAAAUUUUCAAAUCUUGAAAAAUAUCUUAAUAAACCUAGCAUUUUAAAUGGGAUCUUGAGUGGAUAUAUUUUAUAAUCAACAGGUUUUUUUGGUAGAGUGUUUUAUAUAUAGUAGAAUCUGUCUAGUCUAACACACUUUGGAAAUUGAAAGAUUUCACAAAUCAUGUUUGAUAAUCCUGUUUCUAUACCAGUUGCUGUAUUUUUGACUGUCAUAUCCUUUUUAUGGCAAACUUCAAACCUGAAAUAUAUGACAAAAGGUAAAACUGCACCUCUCACAUACUUAUUUCUUGUGAACUAAGACUGUUUUAAUUGUGUAAACCCUGUAAGAAAAUCUUUUUUAUAAACACCUGAGAAAGAAAUAGCUAACAAAUUAUUUUUUUCUUGCAUUUUUAUUUUGUUUAGAAGAAGAAAAUAUUUCUCCUUAAACUAUCUGUAAACAGGGGCUCAGUUUGGGAUUCAAGGACCAGUACAAGAAACAUAGUUUUAGAAUCAUUUUAGACGGUUUAUGAUAAAUAAAUAGAUUUUGUUGGAAUUAAACUGGUGGAUGUCAAGUGACAUUUAAAUAUGAUUUGAUUUAAUCUUCCAAAUAAAAAACAUCAUGUCGAUUAUAUGUUAAGCUUAAAUUUUUGUUCUAAGAUCAUGAUUUAAUAAAGGUUGGAAAUAUUGAUUUUAAUACAAUAAUAUGUAUUUUUUUGGUUUGAAAUGAUUGAUUUGAAAAGAAGAACAGUUGAUAUUUUUUAUUCUUUCAUGCAUUUUAUUUUUUUCAUAUAAACAUAUUUUCAUUCCUUUAUGUUCUAUAGUAUAUUAAGAUAAUAUGUAUUAUUUAUGUAUAUAGUAAUUUAUUUUGUAUGUAUAUUUCUGAUUACAAAUUACAAUAUCGUA